AUGUUUUUCCAGCAAUCCCAUGAUCCUCACAGGAGCCAUUUUCCAAAUUCUAAAAGAAAGAUUCUUCUGCAACUGUUUCAGAAAAGGCUAAUUUCCCUGGCACGCGAAGGCAACAACUUACUUCAGCGCGAAAUAUUGCACGGCUUUCUUUAUUUUAACUUUUUUUUAUCUAUCUAUCUAUCUAUCUAUCUAUCUAUCUAUCUGAUGCUGAAUGUUGUCAAAGCUUCUAUCUAUCUAUCUAUCUAUCUGAUGCUGAAUAUUGUCAAACCUUCUAUCUAUCUAUCUAUCUAUCUAUCUAUCUAUCUAUCUAUCUAUCCAAGUCUAAUCAUAUCUAUCUAUCCCAGUCUGAUCAUAUCUAUCUAUCUGAUGCUGAAAGUUGUCAAACCUUCUAUCUAUCUAUCUAUCUAUCUAUCUAUCUAUCUAUCUAUCUAUCUAUCUAUCUAUCUAUCUAUCCCAGUAUUAUAA